AUGGUACAAGAAGCAACAAAAAUCUCAAUAGAUGCUCUGAUUAACCCGCAUGUGGGCUCUCCGCUCUACGGUUGUGGCCGAACGCUUGCGCUCCACUACAGCGAGACUAAGAACGAGGAGAUCAAAUCGGACAUCGACAUGUACCUCCUACUGUUCGACCGCAUAGCAGACCUCUAUCCGGUUCUGGGGACCAAAUUCAGGAACGGGAUGACGUUCACUCUUGCACAAACUUCCGAGGCCAUUCGCAAAAUGAAAUCAGAUGGCGCCAGAGGCAUGUUGACCAAAUGUGGGGACUGGGCCGGUGCGGACCCGCAAGCCACACUUCAGAAUCUUAUGGAAGCCUUUCCGUAA